AAAGACCUCUUGGAGAUGGAAUGAAUCGUCCUUCGCCUGUAACCAACCAUCCUGGCGAAUCAAGCUCUGUGCGAAACCAUUUGGGUGCUGGCUGGUUAUUCAGUGAACAACAGCAACGAGUGGAAGUAUUGUUGGAGCUGUGGUUUAAUAAGUUUCACAUAUUGUGCUCGCCCGGUGCGCGUUAAGGAUGGAGUCCUUUCUUCAGCAUCAACGGCUCGCGCGAAAAGCGACUGGACGGAUAACUUUAAUCUCAGGGAAAGUGCCUUCAGAGGUGGUUCUGAUUCGGUUCUUCGCUGGAGAUGCUUAACAGAUCUUCCACACUCAUGGCAAUGUUUAGCAACAGUGAAUGGCUGUGGAAUGAGUCAGAACAUUAUCUCACUUCUGGAGGAAACUACAGCCUGGCAUCAGGCGUUGAAGAUGGGAAGAGGAAUUACUAUGCCAUGCUCUAUUCCCUACUUAUCCUGGCUAUUGUAUUUGGGAAUGUUCUAGUGUGUAUUGCUGUGCUUCGUGAGAAGGCUCUCCAGACCACCACCAACUACCUGGUGGUCAGUCUGGCAGUUGCUGAUCUCUUGGUUGCUUCACUGGUUAUGCCCUGGGCCGUCUAUUUGGAAGUGGUUGGCGGAGAUUGGCUCUUCAGUCGCUUGUAUUGCAAUGUCUUUGUAACCUUGGAUGUGAUGAUGUGCACUGCAAGCAUUCUCAACCUGUGUGCCAUCAGCAUCGACAGGUAUACGGCUGUGGUGAUGCCCGUGCUAUACAACACCACUCACAGCUCCCGCAAAAGGGUUUCAGUUAUGAUUGCUACAGUUUGGGUCCUCGCCUUUGCAGUCUCCUGCCCUCUACUGUUUGGAUUCAACACUACAGAUGACCCUGCAGUGUGCUCGAUUUCAAAUCCCGAUUUUGUGAUCUACUCCUCCGUGGUGUCGUUUUACUUGCCGUUCGUGGUGACCCUUCUGGUCUACGUCCGCAUCUACAUCUUUCUCAGACGAAGACGGAAGAGAAUCACCUUCCGUCAAGGUGGCAAAGUUCAGCCAGCAUCCGCGCCACCAUCAGUGGAGACGUGUUUACAAGAUGGCACUCACAAAGAGAAAAGAGACCUUUCCCCCAUCAGGAUCAAUGUGAUAAAUGAAAGCACGGAGCAGGUGAUGCGUCCGCGGCUCCUCUCCAGCUGCCUGCGGCGUAAGAGGCCUCAAACCGCCCCUGCCGAAAACUCACUGCUGCCCCCUGUGAUCACUCUCAACUACUGCAGUAUUAGCCAGGCGUCCUUUGCUCGCACUGAGCAAGAUGUAAACCAAGCGGAAGAGGAAGGUGGGGACGAGGAGCAGGUGACAGUUAGGAGUUGUGAGGUGAAGAAGUUGUCAAACGGACGAACACACACCACACUGCGUCCGCCCGGCAGUGUCAUGGUGUGUCCCAGUCAGGUCCGGUGUAGAAGUAUGCACUCCAAGGAAAAGAAAGCCACACAGAUGCUGGCCAUCGUUCUGGGGGUUUUUCUUAUUUGCUGGCUUCCCUUCUUUGUGACCCACAUCCUAAACACUCACUGCAGAGCUUGCCAUGUUCCUCCUGAGGUCUACAGCGCCUUCACUUGGCUCGGCUACGUCAACAGCGCUCUCAAUCCCGUCAUCUACACCACGUUCAACACUGAGUUCCGCAGAGCCUUUAUUAAAAUCCUGAGCUGCUAAAACCAUUGGCUCUACUCCCAUUAUAAUGCUCAAUGCAGCUUCCAGACAUUAUGGAUGCCAGUUUUGGAUGCAAAGUACCAUAUGCAGAGGAUAUGAAUAAAGGCCUUGAAUAAUCUGAACGUGUUCAAGGUUAUUUUACUUUCACUACAACGUACAUUACGAUUGCAAUUGGUGGAUUAGCAUUCAUCCAAAUUCUAUAGUUCACUUUUAGAGGAUGGACCAAUCUGGAGUUCCAACUGCGGUUUCACAUCAAAC